GUAUAAAAGGAGUUACAGGUACCUGGGAGAGUGACUGUCUGGACCAGGUAGCAGGACUGCAGCAGUGCAAAGACAAGCAAACAAGUUUCUGUGCAGGGAAAGGAGCAGAGCCGGAACAGCUGAGCAGCAGAAUUGAACUGUAUUGGUAAAAGAGCUGAGAGGCCUCCAGCACCAGAAGCAGGCAAUGGACAGAGGAUUAUUUCAGGCAGCUGUGGAGUACUAAUCCUGAUGGGUCCAGAUAAUAGUUCCGUGAGAAUGUGAAGGACCUGAUGCCUAAGCUGCCCCCUUAUUCUCAGGAUGACUAUUUCUUACUGCGGUGGUUGCGAGCCAGAAGCUUUAACCUGCAGAAAGCAGAGAAUAUGCUCCGAAAGCAUGUUGAAUUUCGAAAGCAAAUGAAUGCAGAUAAUGUGCUGGAAAAAUGGCAGCCUCCAGAGGUGGCUCAGAAAUACCUGUCAGGAGGCUUGUGUGGACAUGAUAGGGAAAACAGUCCCAUCUGGUAUGAUGUUAUUGGGCCCCUAGAUCCCAAGGGACUCUUGUUCUCAGCUUCAAAGCAGGACCUCAUGAAAACCAAAAUGCGGGACUGUGAGCUUCUGUACCGCGCAUGCCGAAUGCAGAGUGAAAAGCUCGACAAGAGGGUGGAAGACGUGGUUAUGAUUUAUGAUGUGGAAGGUCUGGGGUUGAAGCACCUCUGGAAACCUGCAGUGGAGUUAUAUGGAGAGGUUCUGCAGAUGUUUGAAGAUAAUUAUCCAGAGGCACUGAAAAGGCUCUUUGUUAUCAAAGCGCCUAAACUCUUCCCGGUGGCUUAUAAUCUCAUCAAGCACUUUCUGAGUGAGGACACCCGCAGAAAGAUCAUGGUUUUAGGUGAUAACUGGCAGGAGGUGCUUAAGAAAUAUAUAGCUCCUGAGGAACUGCCCCAGUAUUAUGGAGGAACGCUGACUGACCCUGAUGGUGACCCGAAAUGUAAAUCAAAGCUUAACUAUGGUGGGGACAUCCCUAAGAAAUACUAUGUCAGAGACCAGGUGGUGCAGAAUUAUGAAAAUAUAUUGAAUAUCAGCAGGGGCUCUAGUCAGCAGAUGGAAUACGAGAUUCUCUUCCCUGGCUGCGUCCUCAGGUGGCAGUUCCAGUCUGAUGGUGCAGAUAUAGGUUUUGGAAUAUACCGCAAGACAAAAGCCGGCGAGAGACAGAAAGCUGGAGAAAUGAUUGAGGUGUUGUCAAAUCAGAGAUAUAAUUCACACAUGGUUCCUGAGGAUGGAACUUUAACUUGUCCCGAACCAGGAACAUAUGUACUACGCUUUGAUAACACAUACAGCAUCAUCCAUGCCAAGAAGGUCAGUUACACGGUUGAAGUUCUGCUUCCUGAUCACAACUCAGAAGAAAAAAUUCAGCAACUAGAAAGCAAGAUGGAAAGCAGUCUAAGUCUCUAGAGACACUAUCCAUAUGGCAGAGAUCAUUUGUUUUGGCAAAUCUUUAAUGUCAGUUACAGCAAUAAUGCCUGAUUUGGUAUAAUUGAAUUAAGGCACUCAAGAGUUGAGCUGCCUAUCCCAUUACUUACUGAUGACUCAUGAGUGCCUUAUAAUAAUAUAUAUCAAGAGACUUGAUGCAGUGUAUGAACAAAAGCAAUCAGUUCAUGCUGGAGUCAGAAGUCAUGAAAGUGAACAGGUGUAACAGGAAAAAGCUAUAUUCAGUGCAAGUUAAGUUUGAAGGGAGAUGGCAUAACAAAAAAGCCAAUUUCACUAUUAGACACCUUUCAGUCCUGAUGAAUCUUACAUGUCACAUGACAUGAAUGUUUAUAGGGACUGCCUAAAGACUUCAAUGUGCCAGCAUUUGUAUGCCUAAUGGGUAUUAGAUGAUCGUUCUGAAAUAAUACAUUAAUUAGAAACACUUGUUUACUUACAAGAGAGGAGCUCCUUUGUAUUUGUAAUAUACUGUAUUAUACAGAGCCAGUGUGUGUGUUUCACCCAGUAACAUACUAAUUGAAUUAGGACAUUGAUUGCAUGAUAAUUAACAUUUUUUAUCAAAUAGGUAAUACAUUGUGGUGGCUAUAGCCUCUGAAUAUGUCUUCAAAAAAACAACAAGGUAAUUGUCCCCCUGAUAUUUAUUAAAUAUAAAGCAAUUAGUUUACAUACACAUAGCAUACAUGGUCUUUGUUUACACACCUGAAAGCUCCCUUUCAAUGGUGACUAAUUUAACAAUCAGACAAUCGUCUUUUCCUUAUAAUCUACGGGCACAUUAAUUGUUUUUUCUUACUGAAUAAAUUCCAAAUUUUUUAAGAUAA